AUGAAUUACUUAAUUUGUAUAAUGGGAAGAUUCUAUGAACUUUAUUUUUAUCUUAACAUACAUGUAUGUACCUAUUACUUAACAUUUAUUGUAAUGAUUGGUGUGUUAGGAUUAACUGCAUUAGAUUAUUUUCUACCAGUUAAGAUAGUCCUUAUUUUAUUCUAUAUAUUAUUUAAAUAUUGUAGAUUGAUUUACGGAUUAUCAAUUUCAAUUAAUCUUGAUUUAGACAAACAAAAAUUUGUUAGGAAAAGAAGUGUAGACAGUAAAGAUGAUAUUUCACAAAUCAAUGAUUAUAUUGUAGAAAAUUUUACCAAUAUGAACAAAACAAAUAAAAUAUGUGAGUAUUGUAAAAACAAAAAACAACCAAGAGCACAUCACUGUAAAAAAUGUCAAAGAUGUUACUUAAAAUAUGAUCAUCAUGAUAUAUUCUUUAAUCGAUGUAUAUCAUUUUAUAACUAUAAAAAUUACCUUCAGGCUUUAGUAAGUGAAGUUGUUGCUUACAUUUAUUUUAUAGUUAUUAUUUCAGUUUUUCUUCUAUUAAAAUCGAGUACUGAUAGAAAAUACUUAUUUUAUUUGAUCGUAGUAAUUUUAUGUUUAGUUUUAAACUUUAUUGAAGUUUGGUAUUUUAUUUAUCAAACGGUUGUUCAUAUGAAAUUAGUUGCUAAAAACGAAACAACAACUGAAUCAAUUGCACUCGAUACCUAUAUUAAAGGUGAUUGUACAUAUGUUUCUAUAUUUCAAGAAGGCCCAAUUAAAACCUUUAGUUCAUCAAAAAAUAGAAACAUUCUAAAUCCAUACAAUCUUGGUUAUUCAAUGAACAUCAAAGAAGUCUUUGGUGACAAUUACAUGGAUUUUUUAUCACCAGAAUUUACAUCAAAAGGUAAUGGGCAGAAAUUCAAUUUAAAUUGUUGA